AUGAUUCAUGCGGCAGCAUCAGCACUCGGAACGAAGAUUUUGUCUAUAUAUCCACCAGUCAACAGACUGCUAGAUAAAACUGUUUCCAUUCUGCAUAGAACAUUCGACCCAAACAAAGAUUGCUCGCCUAGACCACCUAUCGUCCUCAUGUGGUCCAAUGUUUCACGACCCAGAACCGGCGUCACAUGGCUCCCUAAUCAUUUCGUUCCGCUAUUGCUUAUGAAACCACCAGAAGGUGUAGAUAUGACAGAAAGCGUGGAAAAAACCAUACAAAAUGAUGAUCCCAAAACGUCUACACCUACCAGCAAAAAGAAGGUAAAACUAUACGUAAUAUUUAUAAUAUAGUCAUUCACCGUAUAUGAGCUGUUCUGCAAUCUGAUUGGUUGAAUUACUCGCCGUAUAUCAGCUCAUAUACGGCGAGUAGCGAAAAACAAGAUGGCGGUCCAAAAACUACAUGAGUUUUGCGAAGCAGAAAAAAGGAAAAUAUUCGCUUUGAGAAAGAUAAUAGUACAUGGAAAAACUAUAUAAAAAAAUUUGACAGGUUAGCAAAAUACAUUUAUUACAUAGAAGUUAGUUUAAAUAGGUUUUUUAAAGAAUUAAUACUGAAACAACAAUGAAAAAAACAUGUUCAUUGAGAAUAAAAAUUGUUCAGAAAAGUUUGCAACGAAAGACAACUUACUAUACUACCAAACAUCUGUAUAAUAUAUCUGAGCUUUUCUGUGAGAUAUACCGGUUCUAAAACCAUUUCAUUCACUUCGUCUUCGAGUUGUAAAACAAAAGUAUUUCAAAUUUUCAAGGCCAAGUGGUUUUUGGCCAAACAAAUUGUCAAGAUGUUAUAGCAGAGGAUAAUUAAUUAUUGCUUCAGUUAAUGGCUAUUAGAGUACAUUAUAAAACAAUUAUACCAUUCGCUCUCGUCAUAUAUGGCUGAUAGCCGACUCGGUGCUACACACCUCGUCGGCUAUCAGCUCAUACACGACUCGAGCUCAUGGUAUAAUUGUUAAGUAUAUUCACCCAGUGACGUCAUAUCUGGUGACUUUGACUGUGAAAAAGUUGAUCAAAUUCAGUAUAUUGUUUCAUCAUGUUUAUAUUUUGCAACAAUUGCCGAGCGUGCGUAGAACUCAUGUUAGAAUGCCCACCAUUAACCUGCGAACGGGCAUUCUCGGGGAACGAGAUUGGAAGCAGGCUGGUCAUUUCCCAUUGUUUAACUGCCCCAAACUCACCCCACACUCAAGUAACCACAAAGACUCGCAGAUGUUGCUUCACAACAUGCGUGAGUCAAAAACAAUGUAUAAUUAAUGUUUCUUUCCCUAAUUCCAUUGCGUAGUACGACUUGAAAGCAUCACUAAAUCUUCCAUGGAGUCCUGUCAGGACAGAGAAUAAACCAUCCAGCAAUUCUACCAAACUGUCACACCCUCCAACUAAACUUAUUGACCCAGACUCUCUAACAAGUAGUAUAGAAUCGUACGGCUCGGAAACAAAUAGUACGGAAACAGGCAACUUAAAAACAAAUAAGUUGGAAACGAACGGCUCCGAAGCGGAAACAAGCGGCUCGGGGAAAGAUAUGAGUGAAACGAAUGGCUCGGAAGCGGAAACAAACGGCUGGGGGAAGAUAUGA